AUGAAGUUGAGGAAUAAUGUGACUGAAUUUAUUCUUCUUGGUUUGACCCAGGACCCUGUUAAAAAGAAAAUAGUAUUUGUCACUUUUUUAUUUUUCUAUUUGGGAACUUUGCUGGGAAACUUUUUGAUUAUUGCCACCAUCAAGACCAGCAGAGCACUUGGGAGUCCCAUGUACUUCUUUCUCUUCUAUUUAUCCUUGUCGGACACCUGCUUCUCUACUUGCAUAGCCCCCAGAAUGAUCGUGGAUGCACUUUUGAAGAAUGCCACUAUCUCUUUCAAUGAGUGUAUCCUUCAAGUCUUUUCCUUUCAUUUCUUUGGCUGCCUGGAAAUCUUCAUCCUGAUCAUCAUGGCUCUUGACCGCUAUGUGGCCAUCUGUAAACCCCUGCAUUACAUGACCAUCAUGAAUCGCAGAGUUUGUAACACACUGGUGGCUGUGGCCUGGGUGGGGUCCUGUGUGCAUUCUCUAGCUCAGAUUUUUCUAGCCUUGAGUUUGCCUUUCUGUGGCCCUAAUGUGAUUGAUCAUUAUGUAUGUGACUUGCAACCUUUGCUGAAUCUCGCCUGUGCAGACACCUACAUGGUUAAUGUACUCUUGGUAUCCAAUAGUGGAGCUAUCUGUACAGUGAGUUUUGUCAUGCUGAUGUUCUCAUAUGUUGUCAUUUUACAUUCCCUGAGAAAUCACAGUGCUGAAGGAAGGAAAAAGGCCCUAUCCACCUGCAUCUCCCAUAUCAUUGUGGUUGUUUUAUUCUUUGGGCCAUGCAUAUUUAUAUACACACGCCCUGCAACCACCUACUCUAUGGACAAGAUGAUAGCUGUUUUCUAUACACUUGGAACCCCUUUGCUCAAUCCUCUGAUUUAUACACUGAGGAAUGCUGAAGUGAAGAACGCCAUGAAAAAGCUAUGGAGCAAAACGUUGGUCUCAGAUGACAAAAGAUAA